GCCCACAUAUGGGCUGAAGCCCAAACUCUAAUUCUUCUUACAAUUCUUCCAGGAGUAUACCAAUACUCUCUUUCUGACUCUCGCUUUGGCUGUGUUUCGUUUCCACGCCCGACGGCUGCUCCUAUUCAGGUUCUUCCACCUCUAGAGUCAUAUCUAUUCUUUGCUGCUUCAACUCACUUCUUUUAUAAGCAAUUGUCUUUUAUUAUUCGGCUGUAAAUAUCAGUUUUUUUAGUAAAUCUGUUUAUGUUUUUUAUUAUUCGGCUGUAAAUAGCAGUUUUUUAGUAAAUCUGUUUUUGUUUUUUAUUAUUUGGCUGCUCCUAUUCAGGUUCUUCUACCCUGAUUAACAAUGUAAGUUUCUGCAAAUAAAUGUUAAGGUGAUAGCACAAGCAGAAUUCAAGACAUUUAGAGCUCGUUUGGUGGGGUCUUUUCUUAAAAUACGGGAAAUGCCAGCACUGAAGGCAAAAUUCUCUUUUUUUUUUUCUAAAAUCGUUGUAACUUUUUUAUUUGUAAUUUAUUUUUUUAUAAAAACUUUUAAUAACCUUUCAUAUGACACCGGUAUUUCAUAUAUAAAGCAGUUUUGGACAAAAUAAAAUUUCAACAGCAAGAAGAAUGUAGUUCUAAUUUCAUUUUUAAAAAAAACUUUGUAUAUGUGAUAUUGAUGACAUAUGAAAAAUCAUAAAAAAAUAUGAAUUUGAUAUAUUUCUUUAAAAAAAUUGGAAUAUAGAUAAAAAAGUUACCCCAACUUGGAAAAAAUAGGAUUUUAUAUUUAUUUUUGCCCCGCUACUCACUUCCCUUAUUUUGAGUAUUUUGAUGCUCCUAGGGGUGGGAUUUUAGAUACAUUAGGGAAAGGACCCGUGUUUUAAGAAUUUCCUCCGUUUGGUGCUCCUAGCCUCUUAGGGCCUAGGGGUGGAACUUUAGAAAGAAACCUAGAACAGAAUCAAACCAUUAUAAUUCGAUUCGAUUCCUACAAAAAAUAUGUACACGAAACCAUUAAGGAACCAUUAUUAAAAAAUAUAAAUAAAAAAUAAAAAUAAAAAUAAUAGCAGUAGUGAAAGUAAUAACUAUAAUUUUAACAAUAACAAUAGUAGUGCAAUCAAUGAUAUUUAGCUAAAAAUUCUCAUGGUAUAACGACAUGGUUAUUAAGAAAAUAUUUAAAUAAGGUAAUUCGAGUAUAUUUUGAAUUAUAGAAAUAAAAUAUAAAGUAAUAAAAUAGCAAUAAAGUACUGAUUCAUAUGAAAUUAUAUAGAAAUAUUUCCAUUAUUAUUACUUUUUGAAAUGUGAUGGACAAAAAUAUUACUGAUUAACUAUUAGUGAUAUAGUUGUAUUCAAAUUCAAAUCUUAGUAAUUACAUGUAAGUUACUAUGAUGUAAAGUUUAAAGAUAAUUGAUGGAGUAUAUGGGUCUGAGCCCCUGGACCCACAUACUCGGAAGAACAGAAAGCACAAAACACAGAGUGGCGCCCUCGUCGGCCAAGACGCCCCCGUCGGCCGAAAAGGGGCCAACUCAGAUUAUGGUCCUGAGCCCAAGGAACUCGGGUGCCCCCGUCGGCCAUGCCCUCGUCGGCCAUGCCCUCGUCGGCCACGCCCUCGUCGGCCACGAGGACCUCCCAGAACCGGAUUUUAUACUUAUUCAUUUGUACAGCCCAUUAGUGGCUUUGUAUUCGGCCCAGUAGCGGUCCAGUUGUAAAUGGGCCUCCCAAGCCCAAGGCUUGGGAGCCCAGCCCGUAUUUUCUCUAUAAAUACUCCCCUUGGGAGUAGUUGUGGGGGUUCAGAAUUCAUUAAUAUCAAGCAAAUAUAUUACUUCUCUCUCUAGCUCUCACUUCUCUCUAGAGAUAUACUCUAUCAUUUGGUGCUCUCGUUGAGAGCUAGAACAAUCAAGUUAGCACCCUUCGUCGCUACCAAGCACAGCUAGCCACUGAUCAUGGGGAGAACUAAGUCAAACCGCAACCUCGUCAGCAAAGUCAUCCCUGAGGACCAAGAGCCCAGGGAGCACGAUGAGGACGCCACGGCCGACCAGGUUGGCGGAGGGGACCUCUUCCAGGAGGCCUUCAACCUCACGACGGAUCUCCGUAACCAACUCGACGGCGGAGUCCCCGACGCCCGCCUCGGCCUGGAAAAGAAACGAGCUGAGAAAGCGGACCACGCCCCGGCCCAGCCUAUGGCCGCGGCCUCUCCGUCCGUAGAUCCUCAGGUCCAGGCCGCACUAUCGGCUAUCAUCGCCAGCUUGGCUCAGAAUCCCACCGUCCUCAGCGCACUCUUGCCAAGGACCGGGGGAAACGUCACCCCACCUCCUCAUCCCCAACCGUUGGCCGUCCAGAUAGGCAACAAUGAGGGGGUUGUGGCCCAGGACACGGCGUCGUCCCAUUCCCACCCUGCUUCCCCUCUUCGGCCCGGGCAGACCCCAACGCGUGGAAAAGCCUCUGCCUUCAAUAGGCUAGGUGACACGCGUCGUCGUCCGGUUUCGGAGAGGAUGGCGGGACGGAUUGGUGAUCCUCGUCCUGGCUCGCCAAGAGAAAGCUUGGGGUCUGUGUCCCGGACAGCGGACCAGCCCCGCCCGGACAAAGGAAAGGGGAAGUUGCACGAGGAUGACGUGCGCCACCUGAUCAACGCGGCUCACAACGAGCGCCUGAGGAACCAGCCGGGUGUCGCCGCGGCCGACAGAGACCCCCGGGACGAGGUCAUUGCCCAGCUGGAAAGGAGGUUGGCUCAGAUGGAGGCCAAGCAGUCGGCCAACAUCCCUACGGUCGGCGCUUCCAACGACCCCGGCCUCAACGCGCUCAUGAACAAAGUCAGCGCCCUGGAGAGGGAGCUGGCCGAAGGGCGGGGUGACCCCAUCAUCCAGGUCAGGACUAGGACCCCUUUCACCAACAGGGUCCUCUCGGCCCCCAUCCCUGAGAAGUACAGGGGGAACGCCAUCAAGUCCUACGAUGGCCGAUCAGACCCCCAGGAGCACUUCAGCCGCUAUCAAAACAACAUGCUGAUGGUAAACGCGUCCGACGAAUACCUCUGCCGUUGGUUCCUCUCUACUCUCGAGGGGCCAGCGUACGAGUGGUUCAACGGACUGCCAGAGGGAAGCAUUGACUCAUGGCAAGAUCUCGCCCAGCGCUUCCUCACUCACUUUGCCGGGAGGAAACGCGCCAAGAAGUAUUUCACCCACCUCCUCUCCGUCAAACAGCAGCACGAGGAGUCCCUCCGGUCAUUCAUCGACCGGUGGACGAGGGAGACCGAGGAGGUCGAGGGGGCCGAUGAGCGCACCCUCCUCGCCUUGUACCAGGGAGCCCUCCGCAGCUCCCCGUACGCCAGGAGCCUCAUCACCGACCCCCCGAGGUCGUACACCAAGGCGCUCCAGCGCGGAGGCUUGUAUGCCGACGCCGACGAGCUCCACAAUCACAAAAGAGAAGGGGGCCAUCCCCCCAAGAAGACAAAUCCUUCGCCGGCCCCGGGUCCGUCCCCGGCCGGCCAGAGUGCCCAGGGCCGCCACGGCCCUGGUGGACAAAGUAAGAAAGACCGCCACUGGCGGCCGAGGCUGGAACGGCCGGGGGUAGCCCUCACCCACCCGGUCGGCACCAUCCUCGAUUAUGCCGAGAAGCACGGCCUCAUCGAGCAGGCUCCUCGGCCGGCCGAGGAGAUCCUGGCCAUCCAGCAGGGCGACACGUACUGCCGGUUCCACAAGAACUCGUCGCACAACACCGACGAUUGCAUCACAUUGAAGAAGGCCAUCGAGCGUCUUAUUCGCCAGGGGGAACUCUCCCAGUUUGUCAAAGGUGGCCCACGUAAAAACACUUGGGUAAACACCGACAAACGUGGGGGCGAACCCUCUGCGAAGAAGCGCGAGAUUGGUAGGCUCAGCGACGACGAGGACUUCGAGGAGCCUCCGCCGAAGAAGAAUCACAUCCACCUCAUCGUAGGCGGGAACACUGGGGGGGACUCCGCCACUCAGAGGAAGAAAUGGGCCCAAUCCCUUUACAUUGGAGAGGUGUCCCACGUUCCCCCCCAGCCGAAGAAGCAGCGAACGGAGGCGAUCACCUUCACCGACAAGGAUCUGCCUCCGGGUACGGAGUCACACAGGGACGCCCUCGUCAUCCGAUGUGAGAUCGGUGACUCCAUCAUCCACCGCACUUACAUCGAUACGGGGAGCUCCGUCAACGUGAUGUACCUAGACACCUUCAAGCAGCUGAAGCUGGACAGAGCUCUGCUGAAGCCGAUCAAGACCCCGUUAUCCGGCUUCACCGGGGACUCUAUCGACGUCGAGGGCACGAUAGUCCUCCCCGUGGAAGUCGGUGACGGCCCCCACCAUGCCAAAAUUGACAUGGAGUUCAUGGUGGUCAACCUCCAGUGCGCCCACAACCUGAUCUUGGGCCGGCCAACGCUGGAGGACUUGGAGGCCAUCAUCUCCAUGAAGCACCUAUGCUUGAAGUUUCCCACCAAUGACGGCAUCGGCUACGCCAGAGGAAACCAGAGGAUAGCCAGAGCUUGUUACCUCAAGCUGACGAGGCCGGCCGAAAGGGAAGGACAGCGGAUAGACACCAUCACGGCCGCCGUCGCCAUGGACGAGGAGAGGCCACAUGCGGAGCCGGCCGAGGAGGUCGAGGAAAUCCCUCUGGAUACCUCCCGGCCGGAGCGGGUUCUCAGGGUCGGAAAGCAACUCCCCCAGGACCAGCGAAACGCCAUCCUCCUCGUCCUACGGUCAUACGCCGUUGUCUUCGCGUGGGGCCCGGACGAUAUGCCCAGCAUCAGCUGCCGGGUGAUCACUCACCGGCUGACCGUCGAUCCGGCCUCCGCGCCCGUCAAACAGAAGCGGCGCUACUUGUCCGCUGACAGGCGGGACUUCGUCAAAGGGGAGGUCGCCAUGCUCCUAUCGAUCAAACAUAUCAAAGAGGUGAAGUACCCAACAUGGUUGGCCAACGUCGUCCUCGCACAGAAACCGCCGACGUUCAGAAUGUGCGUUGACUACACUGACCUGAACAAGGCGUGCCCCAUGGACCCGUUCCCUCUCCCCAACAUUGAUCAGUUGGUGGACGAGACGGCGGGGUGCGAGUUGAUGUCGUUCCUCGACGCUUUCAGAGGGUACCACCAGAUCUCCAUGCACGAAGAUGACUCCGAGAAGACGGCAUUCAUGACCCCAGAGGGAAUAUUUUGCUACCUCGUCAUGGCCUUCGGACUCAAAAACUCCGGCGCCACCUAUACUAGGAUGGUGGCCAAAAUCUUCAGAGCGGUCCUUGGCCGGACGAUGGAGGCGUACGUCGACGACAUGAUCGUCAAGAGCAGGCAGGCCACCUCCCACGCCGACGACCUCCGGGAAAUCUUUGAAAUCAUGAAGGAGUUCAGGCUCCGCCUUAACCCCAAGAAGUGCGCCUUCGGCGUCCAGGGCGGCAAGUUCCUUGGCUACAUGGUCAGCCGGAGAGGCAUCGAGAUAAACCCGGAGAAGACGCAGGCUAUCAUCAACAUGGAGCCGCCCCGAAACGUCAAGGAGGUACAACGACUGACGGGGCGCCUGGCGGCCUUGAACCGGUUCCUCUCCAGGUCAGCUGAGAGGGCACUUCCCUUCUUCCAGAUCAUGCGCAAGGCAAACAACUUCAAGUGGACGACGGAGUGCCAGGAAGCAUUCGACGAAUUGAAAAGGUACCUGUCGUCCCCACCCGUACUCUCCAAGCCCAAAGCCGGCGAAACCCUCUUCUUGUACUUAGGGGUGAGCACGUCGGCCAUCAGCUCCGUGCUCAUCCGUGAGGACGAAGGGGUGCAGAAGGCCAUCUUCUACAUCAGCAAGACACUCAGGGAGGCCGAGCUCAGGUACUCCCCCAUUGAGAAGACGGUGCUGGCCAUCGUCCACACCGUGAAGAAGCUGGGGCACUAUUUCCAAGCCCACACCGUCCACGUGCUGACCCAGCAGCCUCUUGGCGCGCUCAUGAGGAGCCCCACUAGCUCCUCAAGGAUGGUGAAAUGGGCGAUCUUCCUCAGCCAGUUUCAGAUUGAGAUCAAGCCAAGGCCAUCUAUCAAAGGGCAAGCCUUGGCCGACUUCGUCAUCGAAUGCACGGCAAGGGAGACGGCCGUCGCCAACCCCGGGCCGGAGCCGGACGACACGUGGACCCUGUUCACUGACGGCUCGUCGGCCGCGAAAUCAUGCGGCGGCGGCGGCGUCCUCAUAUCCCCUGAAGGAUUCAGAGCCUACUAUGCCAUCCGCUUCAACUUCAGGGUAUCCAACAACGAAGCCGAGUAUGAGACCCUCCUCAGCGGUCUCAGACUCGCCGCCGGUCUCAAGGCCAAGCACCUCAGAAUCAAGUGCGAUUCCAAACUGGUAGUGGGCCAGGUGGAGGGAUCGUAUGAAGCAAAGGAAGGCCAAAUGAAGCAGUACAAACAAGCGGCGGAGGAAUUGCUGAAAGCGUUUGAAACCCACGAGAUCACUCAGAUCCCAAGGGCCGAGAACGCCGAAGCCGACAUCCUCUCCAAGCUCAGCUCGGACACCCCGGAGCACAUCUCCCAGUUGGCCAAGAUCGAGGAGUUGAGCAUGUCCAGCAUCCAUGCCAGCCCCGUCUUGUGCGUCCAACAGCGACCAGAGGACUGGAUCUCCGACAUCGCCACCUUCAUCACGACGGGGGAGUUGCCCCCGGACGAGGAGAGGGCCAAACUCGCCAAACUCAGGGCCCCAAGCUACACCAUCGAAGAUGGCAAACUCUACAAACGGUCCUACAAUGGCACUCUCCUCCGAUGCCUGCACCAGGAUGAGGCCGAUACCGCCAUGGAAGAAGUUCACUGUGGCGUCUGCUCCUCGCACCAGGGUCCUUUCAGCAUGUCCCGGCGUCUCGUCGUCCAGGGCUUCUUCUGGCCGACGAUGGCACGGGACUGCGCUGACCUGGCCAGGAAGUGCACCACAUGCCAGGUACUCCAGAAGGCCCCUGGUCGGCCAGCUGUCAACUAUGCCCCUGUCAGCACCGCAAUUCCAUUCUCCAGAUGGGGGAUUGACCUGGUCGGCUCCCUGCCCAGAGCCGCCGAGAAUAACCGCUACAUCAUCGUCGCCGUCGACUACUUCACCAAGUGGGUCGAGGCGGAACCCUUGGCUAGCAUCACGGGGGCCAGAUGCCAAAGGUUUGUUUACAAAAACAUCAUCACACGCUUUGGCGUCCCCCAGGAGAUCAUAUCAGACAACGGCACCCAGUUCGAGGCUGCCCCUUUCCAAGAGCUCCUCCGGGAGUUUGAGGUAAAGCAUCGUUUCUCCUCCGUCGCCUACCCUUAGGGCAACGGGCAGGUCGAGAACGCCAACAGAACAAUCAUGGAAGGGUUGAAGAAGAACCUCCAGGCCGCAGGAGGUAGUUGGGUCGACGAGCUCCCCAACAUCCUGUGGUGCUACAGGACCACGCCGAGGAGGGCGACAGGUGAAACGCCUUUCGCCCUGUGCUACGGCUUUGAAGCAAAGGCGCCCACGGAAGUUGCCGUCCCCAGCCGGCGGGUGGAACAAUAUGAGCCUGACACCAACGAAGAGAAUAUGAAGAUUGACCUACACCUGGUUGAUGAGAGGCGUGAGCAAGCUUACGUCCGCGCAGAGAACUACUGGCGUCAAGUAAAAUCAUACUAUGACGCCAAGGUACGUUCCCGGGAAUUUCAGGUGGGGGACUACGUCCUCCGCCGAAGGGAAGCAAGCCAGCCGACAGAGGGCGGCAAGCUAGCAUUGAAGUACGAAGGGCCCUACAUCGUCAGUGCCGUGGUCAAACCCGGCACCUACAAGCUUAAACGCCCGAACGGGUCCAAUGUACCACGAACAUGGAAUGUACAUCAUCUGGUGAAGUUUUAUCAGUAAUCCGAAGGAGGUGUAGACGGCGAAGCCCUCACCCCUUAACGGGUUACUGAUUGGACGCCACCCUCGGCCUCGAGCCACUUAUGAAUAAAAUCAUGUUCUGAUUUUCUCUGGAAUUUAAAGUAAAACAUUAGCAGGUGCCCUCGUCGGCCACCUUAGAGCGAAAGGCUCAGGUCUGGCCGACAUGGCCCCUUGCAUUUGCAGCCUACGAGCGACAAGCUCAGGCACUCCAUUGUAUUUUGUAUCAGCGAAGGGCUCAGGCCUAGCUGAGAGAGCACAUCGUCCUGGCCCCGUAAGCCUAGAAGUGAAACGCUCAGGUAUGGCCGACGAUGUCCCCAGGACGAGGGGCCCGCAAACGGCCCACGUCUUGAAACGGGAAGCUCACCGCGUCGUCCACGCGCCAGAUCGCAGAACGACAGGCCUGAAAUCAUGGCCGAGGUGACAAAAUCCCAAAACUCGGGGAUGGGCAACGACAGCCGUUGGAAACCAACCAAAAGUCUAGCCCGCGUCAUAAAUAGGCGACGGGACCCGCCCUGAGACCACGGACGUUAUAAACGAAGUCCGAACCGGCCGAAGGACGAGCACACCCUUCGGCCGAAGCCUGAAAGAAGGAUACCCCCGAAACAAAAAAAAAUAAAAAUAAAAAAUAUAUAUAUGAGGGAAAAAGAGGGAAGCCGACGGCCGCGCACACUUGCCGGCCUCGAGCAAAGAAAAAAUAAAAUCCCCACAAAUUCAGGCCCAUUUUGGCCAAGUACAUAUUAGUUAAACACAAGUGUAGUACCGCUGACAGGAAACAUGGACGACACGUCCACACACUACAAACGGAACAAUCAAGGCCGAUACACACGCCUUUAAAACCCUAACCACAUCGGUUGGGUGACACGCGAGAGGUGACCUUCAUCGGCCAUAGUCCUUUGAGGCACCAACGUUUGGUAUGAAACAAAGCAUCGCAUCCCUGAUGAUGAUCAGGACGAAGCGGGCACUUAUCAAGUAAUCAAGAAACAACCUCUACUUGCCACAGCACCUUGGAUGGCCGACGCAGGCACUGGAACCAUAGCUAGCCGACGAAUACAGGACCAUCUCCUUGGACAAGCUAUUCCUUAUCCAGCACCCUCAUCGGCCACAAGCCAGACCUUAGCCGGCAGUGGCACCGCGAAGAAGUAAAUGCCUAACAUUUAUACUUAGGAAAUUAUCUAAGUACUCAAAUGAAGGAAUUCUAGCCGAAGCGGGUACCAGUAUACCACAAAGCCGUUAGCUACCUACACCUUCACAUGUGUACUUGUGAAAAAUUCAAAGUCCACGAGACUAUGGUGAAGGUGCCCUUAUCGGCCAGAACACAGGGAUACAAGCCGACAACGGCCAUGGCCAAAACACCUAGGAUGAAUCCAAGGCCAGGACGAUAAGGACGCCAACGCUUGGACGGAACGGACACUACGGUCAAGGCCGAAAGGAAAGCACCUAAGUGGAUCCCAAAACACUUAGAAAUUUUUUUUUGAAGAAAUUCCUAAGUAUUAUGAAACUACGUCCAAGCCGAUCAAGCCACUAGGCCGUAAAGACAGCAGCUACAUGGACCCAAAAACACUUGGGAAAUUUUUGAUUCAAAAUCCUAAGUGUUAUGACAAAGCAAAGAGGACGACCAGACUACUGGACAGGAAGGCCCACCUUACGGACGUAGCGGACACUCGCGGGUGACCCAAGUUAUGACUUGAUACUUAGACAAUUUACAGAAUUGAAAUGACAAAGCAAACAAGCAUACAAGGGAUUCAAGGCCGAAAAGGACAGCAAAAAUUUCUUCAAUUGAUAAACUUCAUUACAAUUGGGGGGCACUACGGCCGUUACACCACUUGGCAAAAUAUUGAAACGCUAAUUACAAAUGAAUAGUCUAUCAAGCUUCGGGGGCAUCACCAUCUGCGGCUGUCUCAUCGGCCUCAUCAGCUCCCCUGCACUUCGCACGAGUCCCUCCCAGCUCUCCAGGCCUUUAGCGAAGCCCAAAAUUGGAAAAUGGCCCAAAAUCAGAAAAACCCAAGUUACUAGCAGUCUAGUCCGCAUCUUUCCGCUUCGGCAAAACCCCCAAAGGCCAAAUUGCCAUUUCCAACCGAUGAAUCUAGCACUCGGACGUCGCACGCAGCAACCCUCGUCGAUCAUAAGUUGCUGCCUUUGUGGUCGCAUGCAGCACUCGGACGUCGCACAAGGGUGAAGAGUGUUCUGGUUUCUGGCUUUCUGCUCUAAUUGGUCUUGCGGGGUAAACUGAGAGGCGUGAGAGCUGCUCUUCGGUGGUAAGCUGAGGCCUGGGAUUCUGAGAACUGCUGGUCACGGCUAAGUGGCUAAGAGGGAUAAAAGAUGGUGCAGUAUAAUUUCAAAAAGAUUACCAUUGUCCCCAAUGGGAAAGACUUUGUUGACAUCAUCCUCUCCCGUACACAAAGGCAGACUCCAACUGUUGUUCACAAGGGCUAUGCAAUAUCUCGUAUCCGUCAGUUUUACAUGCGCAAAGUGAAAUAUACAGUCAAACUUCCAUGACAAACUCUCCACUAUUAUUGAGGAGUUCCCCAGGCUUGAUGAUAUCCAUCCUUUCUACGGUGACCUCCUCCAUGUCCUUUAUAACAAAGACCAUUACAAGCUUGCACUUGGCCAAAUAAAUACAGCAAGGAACUUAAUUUCCAAGAUCGCAAAGGAUUAUGUCAAAAUGUUGAAGUAUGGUGAUUCUCUCUACCGAUGCAAGUCUUUGAAGAUUGCUGCCCUGGGACGAAUGUGUACCGUGAUUAAGCGAAUCACACCCAGUCUGGCAUAUCUUGAGCAAAUUAGACAGCACAUGGCUAGGUUGCCUUCGAUCGAUCCAAACACUAGGACACUUUUGAUUUGUGGGUACCCUAAUGUCGGUAAGAGCUCUUUCAUAAACAAAAUUACAAGAGCAGAUGUUGACGUGCAGCCUUAUGCGUUCACCACAAAGUCCUUGUUUGUGGGUCACACUGACUACAAAUACCUUAGGUAUCAAGUCAUCGACACUCCGGGAAUAUUGGACAGACCAUUUGAGGAUCGCAAUAUCAUAGAGAUGUGCAGCAUUACAGCUUUAGCCCAUCUUAGAGCUGCGGUUUUAUUUUUCCUAGAUAUAUCAGGAUCUUGUGGUUAUAGUAUUGAACAACAAUCUGCUCUGUUCCACAGUAUAAAGUCUCUCUUUAUGAACAAACCCUUGGUCAUAGUUUGCAACAAAACUGAUUUGCAGCCUUUGGAUGGGAUAUCAGAGGAAGACAAGAAGUUAGUCAUGCAGAUGAAAGAAGAAGCUAUGAAGACUGUCAUUGGACAAGGUGGGGAGGCCACAGACGACCAAGGUGUGCUUUUGACUAUGAGUGCUUUAACUGAAGAAGGUGUGAUUUCCGUGAAGAAUGCUGCUUGUGAGAGGCUGUUGAACCAAAGAGUUGAAGUCAAGAUGAAGUCUAAGAAGCUAAACGACUGCUUAAACCGUUUUCAUGUCGCCAUGCCCAAACCAUGUGACCAGAAAGAAAGGCCUGUGUGCAUACCUCAGGCAGUGCUGGAAGCGAGAGCAAAGAAAGCAGUGGAAGUUGCAGAGAAAGAGAAGAAGAAGCUUGAGAGGGAUCUUGAGAAUGAGAAUGGAGGUGCAGGUGUCUACUCUGCCAAAUUGAGUAAGCACUAUAUCUUGGCGGAUGAUUCUUGGAAAGAUGAUGUCAUGCCAGAGAUUCUCGAUGGGCACAAUGUGUUUGACUUCAUCGAUCCUGACAUCUUGCAACGGCUUGAGGAGUUGGAGAAAGAAGAAGGGCUUCGGCAAGAACAAGGAGAUGAAGGUGUCUUGGAGAUGGAAGGUGGUCCGGAGCUGACAUCUGAAGAAAAAGCCACCCUGGCUGAGAUCAGGAAAAGGAAGAGUCUGCUGAUCCAACAGCACCGUAUUAAGAAAAGUACGGCCGAAAGCCGACCAACCGUUCCAAGGAAGUUCGAUAAGGAUAAAAAGUAUACGUCAGAGAGGAUGGGCAGGCAGUUGUCUGGUCUGGGACUUGAUCCAACCCUUGCGGUCAAACGUGCACGCAGUAAGUCAAGGGGACGUAAGAGGGAACGAUCUUUAUCUGGCAUGGGUGACUCGAUGGAUGUUGAUGGUGAUGAGGAGACUCCUAACAAGAAGAAGUUGAAGUUGAUGCUGUCUAGGUCCAGGUCAAGGUCCAGGUCAAGGUCAAAGUCGAGGCUUCCAAAUGAAUUGGUGCCUGGUGAAGGAUUCAAAGACACUGCACAAAAGUCUAAGGCUAUUGAUUUGGCUAAGAACUCUUUCAAGGUGCGGAACAAGGCAGCCUGCAAGGGUGAAGGUGAUAGAACUAUUCCUAAUCUGAAACCAAAGCACUUGUUUUCUGGCAAGCGUUCUAACGGAAAAACACAAAGGCGUUAAGGUAUACGAGGUUCUGAUGAAGUUGUGCAAUUUUUUGGAGUGUUGUGUAUCUCAGCUUGUUGUUCUGCGGAGUCGGAUUGGAUCCACCGAAUACUCCUCUCUUUUUGGUUUUGCAUGUUAUUUAGUGUUGCUUCUUAUGUUUCUGUUUUUGCCGCUCCAUAUAAUGUUCAUUUUUGUUAUUUUUCAAGGGAUUAAGUUUUUACCUUUUUCUAUUUUGACUGGUGUCGUUUGUUUUGAAAGAAUGACGAAGAUAAGAUAUUUAGAGUUUAAUUAAAGACACAAAUAUGAUACUUAUCCAACAACAAAG